AUGCGCUUCGAUUCAUUAGCCAACGGCACUGCUUUCCUGAUUAAUGCCUUGCCACAAUCUGUCACCAAUGGAGCCACCGAGCUUGGAACUUUGGGAGCACCUACGCUUCCCAAAUUUCUUCCUGGACCAAUGUUAAAAGGGGGCUCUCCAUGGAGAGACCGUACAGUGUGGAACACCAACCCGUCAGACUUCCCAGACACAGGUUUUACUCGACCUCAUAAAUGGGAGAUUUCAGUAGGAACGGUUGCCCCUGACGGAGUUGUGAUGAACAACACUCUGUCGAUUAAUGGAGCAUAUCCCGGGCCGCUCCUGGAGGCCAAUUGGGGGGACUGGAUCGAAGUGGAAAUCACAAAUAAUCUCUGCUGCGAGGGAACUUCGCUGCACUGGCAUGGUCUUCUCCAGAGAGAAACUCCGUGGAUGGAUGGCGUGCCUGGGGUUACACAAUGCCCCAUCGCCCCAAACUCGACAUUCACCUACCGAUUCCGAGCCGAUUCUUACGGCACAUCUUGGUGGCAUUCUCACUACAGUGCACAGUACGUCGCCGCUGCUCAAGGUCCCAUGAUCAUCUACGUACCGACAAACUACGACUAUGACAUCGACUUGGGGCCAGUAAUGCUGAGCGACUGGUUUCAUCUGGAUUAUUGGGCAAUGGUCGAAAUCACGAUGUUGCCGAAUGGGUUCGGAUCUGCAGGCUUCUUCUCUGCGGAGAGCAUUUUGAUCAACGGAAAGAUGAACUAUGACUGUAGCCUCACCAACUUGACUUGUACACCCGAUGCUGGCGUGUCCAAAUUCCGCUUUGAGUCAGGAAAGAAACACAGACUGCGACUCAUCAACAGUGGAUCCGAGCCCAUCCAGAAAUUCAGCAUCGACGGUCAUACACUGACAGUCAUCGCCGUCGAUUUUGUUCCCAUCGUUCCUUACGCGACCAAUGUUGUCACACUAGUCGUUGGCCAGCGCACAGACGUCGUCGUAGAAGCCACUGGCAAAGCAAGUGAAAGUUACUGGAUGAGAUCCGAGACAACCCCAUUCUGCUCUGACGUCGGGCUCGACAACCUCACGGGUCUAGCAGCCGUCUACUACGAAGGAGCGUCAACCACGACGCUUCCUCUCACCAAUUCGAGCACAACAGGCGAGCAACUCAUGUUCUGCGACAACGAUGACAUAAGCUUAUCUGUGCCCGAAUUUGCUAUGCCCGUCCCGGAACCCUCAGUGACGAUUGAAGUGCACUGUGUCCUAUGGAACAAUGGCACCCACAACGUGUGGUACAUGAACAAUAUCUCGUACCUCGAUGACUAUAACGAUCCCGAUCUCCUUCGAGCAAAACUUGGGAAUCUGUCUUUCCCCGAAGUAGAGAAUGUGUAUAACUUUGGCUCUAACACCAGCGUUCGCAUGGUCGUUUACAACCACAUGGCAUUGGCCUCUCACCCCAUGCACAUCCACGGACACAACUUCUAUAUUCUAGACUCGGGUGUCGGGAACUGGACCGACAAUAGCACUGUUAUCAACCCAUCCAACCCCAUGCGUAGGGACACGCCAAAUGUACAAAAAGCAGUUGCUAAUGCUGGGACGGCGAAAGAGUCGGACUAUCAGGGAGACCCGAGUUAUGUGGUUGUGCAGUUCGAUAUGGAUAAUCCGGGUGUAUGGCCGUUUCAUUGUCACAUUGCGUGGCAUGUUUCUGAUGGUUUCGUAAUGGUAAUUCUUGAGCGACCUGAUGAUAUUGAAAAGGAAAUGCAAAUUCCAGGUAUCAUGGCGCAGACGUGUCGAGAUUGGGCCUCUUGGACAGUGGAUCAUGUUGUGGAUCAGAUUGACUCAGGCUUGUAGGCUUGCUCUGAAAAUUGGUGUUAUGCUCAAGUUUAAUCGUGUAGUGUACUCAAGCUGUUUAAGCUGUAUUGUUCUUGAUCCAUAGUCGGUAUUCAGCUCCUAAAUGGAGAUUUAUUGACAUUCAUUUAUGCCUCGC